GAAAUGAAAGGAUUUCAAUCUUGAUAAGCAUUUUGAAUAUAAAUACUUUUUUUUAAAACCAAUUAAAGUUUUUUUCAUCAAUUAAAUUAUAUUGUAAUAUUUUUAGUAAAUUAUCUUCUUUCUCCGUCCCUAUUGAACCAAUUAAAUACAAUGCAAUAUUGGACUCUCCAGUCCAAUCAACUGAAUAUAAUAGUAUUGUUGAAUUAUAAUAGUACGACAUUAUUCACUUCUAUACCUGGCAGGCAGAUGAUGAUGACCGAAUAAUCUUACCUGACCUUUGCAGAAAGAUUUACGGGCAAGAUAUGAGAUGGAGAAUUUUGAAAAAUAAUAAAUAGAUUUACUGCAGAAGUAAACAUUAAUUUUUUAACAAACAAAUAUCCUUUCAGUAACAUGAAUCAUGUUACAUGUAUUUUUGUAUAGGAGAUAACUCGGAAAAAUUUGACCCCAAAUUUCUGCUGAUGCUCCCCCUUUUUCCGUUGGGCUCAGUUCUUCGCCCAUUCUGGUGUGAAGAUACAUCAACUAAUGUUACUAAUUAUGUGCAAUUAAAGUAUAACAGAAUAAUUUUCUCAUUUUAGUUAAUAACAUUAUUUAAAUUUUUCUUUUAGUGUGUUACUUUCAGUGUUUUAUUCAGAAGAAAAAUUCAAGAUGAACGCUAAGGCCCAAAAAUAUGCAACAUUGUGUAGAGCUAUCAAAAAGAAAGAUGAAGAGACUAUUCGAAAAUUGGUAAAGUGUGGUACUCACUUAAAUUUACCAUCAAGAAAUCCCCAUGACUCACCUCUUCAUUUAUCGAUUAGAAGAUUUAUGAAUUCUAAAAUAAUAAAAUUGCUUCUAAAAAAAGGAGCUAAUACUACUCAUAAAAACCGAUACAGGGAGACACCCCUCGAUGUAGCUGUUAAAGUCAAAAACAAAAGAGCACUUGCAUUACUCUUGAAGCAUGGAAAUUAUAAAUCUACUGAAAUUAAUAAAGUGUUAAAAAUAGCUACUUCUAUGGUUGACCCAGACCUUGUGCAAAUUAUUCUGAAGUAUGAACCUCGAUGGAUUCCUACAAAAUUAUUAUUCCAAACAAGUAAAAAAGCCUCUUUAUGUAUUUAUCAUUACCUUAAAAAUGGAUAUAGAGUGCAUCCUUCCAGCAACGUUAUAAUUUUCGAGUUAGCUUAUCGUUUUACUGAAUCCGAAAACCUAGAAAUUCUUGAACAAAUUUUUAAAUUAGACAUUAAUGUUGAUGAGUACAAUCCUAAAACAGGAUUGACAUUGCUUCAUCUUGCUUGCCUUAAACAAAAUGCGAAAUUGGUGACUCUGCUGAUCCAACACAAAGCUAAUGUAAAUUUAGAAGUUCAUGAUACUGAUAAAAGCUUCUAUCAAGAUCCUUCUGAAGAAAUGCUACCAAUGGCUGGAAGAACGGCUUUGUAUAUUGCUGUUAAUAAUUCGAAUGUUGAUAUAACGAAACUACUUCUUGAUGCUGGUGCUCUUAUUGACAGUGAACCAGACCUUAUGAAAAUUGGUGUUGAAAAGAAAAAUAUAACAAUGAUUAAACUUUUAUUAUCAUGUGGAAUACAAGUCAAUGAACCUAACUUUGAAGGUAUUACACCACUACAUUAUUCUAUCGUAAGUUAUUCAAAGUUUUACAAACUUGGCUUACUUGAAUGGGAAUCGGAAACAGAUGUCAAUAGUGAUAAUACUAAAUAUCCGAUAGUAGAAAUGCUAUUAGAUCAUGGAGCAAAUGUAAAUGCUCAGACGAAUGAAGGAAAAAUCACACCUCUUCAUGCGGCAGUAGAAAAAGAUUAUCCGAAUAUUGUAAAGCUUCUUUUAAAAUAUAAUGCGAAUAUGAAUCUUUUAGAUUCGAGUAAUUUUACACCAUUUUAUCUUGCUCUACUCAAGAAACGUAAAAUUAUCAUUGAUAUUUUUUUAGAAAGAGAUAUAGACAUCAACUUCAAGAAUGGAUUCGGUAGUACACCUUUACAUAUAAGUUGCAUUUCAGCUGAUAUACAAAUCAUUGAAAAAUUAUUAUCAAGAAACGUACCUAUUAAUUGUGUUGAUAGGUAUGGAAGAACUGCACUACAUAUCGCAUGUGAAACAGGCAACUUCGUACUGAUUAAUCUUCUUUUGGAUUAUAAAGCCGACAUAAAUAUUAAAAAUAAAUUUGGGCAGACUCCAUUUCAUAUUUUAGCUAAACUCCAUACUAUGAAUUCGUACGAUAUAGGUGAAGAUCGUACUAAAGUUUGUGAACGUUUUGUAAGUUUGGGCGCCGAUAUUAAUGUAGGAGAUGUAGAAAAUAAAUCGCCACUCUUCACUGCUUGUUUGUAUGGUUGUAAACAAGUUAUAGAGGUUCUUUUAAAACACAAAGCAGAUAUACAUCAACGAGAUGUUUUUAAUAGACCACCUAUUUAUGUCGCUGCCGGAAAAGCAGCAAAAAAUACAGGAAUUCUUAAAUUACUUAUUGAUAACAAUGCAAGUACUGACUUUAUUGAUAUGAAUAAAAAUACAAUUAUUCACAUCGCAGCUGCUGCUAAUAAUCUCGAUGUUGAUGAUGUAAUUGACCAAAUAGAUGUUGAUAUAAAUGCCGUAAAUAGCGACGGAAAUACAGCUCUUCAUAUUGCUGCGAAAAAUGGAUUUUGUAAAGUAGUUCGUUCUCUUAUUUAUAAUGGAGCAGACAUGAACUGUCUCAAUGCUGAAAAUAAAACUCCUGUUCAUGUUGUUAGGGAUAAGAUCACGUUAAUUCAAUGCGAAAUCGAGAAAUAUCGUGAUAAUUCACGGCUUAAUGAUUUUUUAGACAAUAGACUUUUUUGUUUGAAUUUUAGUAUUAAUAAUUACAUAGAAAUUAUGGAAUGUUUCUAUUCUUUUUGCAUUCAAUUGCAUAAAGCUCAUCUGUAUGUUGAUCCGGAACUUGUUGAAAUAAUUCAGGCUUAUCCUAGUAAAGAUAUGAAUCAAUUUGAAGAUGAAUGUACACUAGAAUUAUUGGCGAUGAAACAAUCAUAUAUUUGUGAUAUAAGUUGGUAUCGUCUACUGACUUGUAGAAUUCACGAUAUCGCUAAAUUUGAAAAGAAUGAAAAAGUCAAGUCUAUCUUGUUUGAUAAAAAACAAAUAUUUCCUUUGUAUCAAAAUAUUAUAAAAUUCCGGUUCAAACAAGGAAUAGAAAGGAACAAGCAGAUGAAGUUUAUUCAGUUAUAUCAUUGUUGGAAUCGAAGUAUUUUUAAGGGUAUGCCGUACAGUUGUGUCGAUAGCAUUUUUUAUUAUCUCGACAUAAAAGAUAUAUUAUUGUUCAAAGAUGCUGUAACAGGUCGUUGCAAUAAGUAAUUGUAAUUGAUUAUAAUUUAAAAAUUAAUUCAAUAUUUUUAAUAAUUUAAGGUCUGUAUCUUUACAUUCCAUUUGUAUAAAAAACACUCUUGUAAAUAAUCAUUUUAAUUUAAUAUCAGAGAUUUAUAUCAACUACACUAGUUUCGAAUAUGACUAUUUUGAUUGAAAUGCGUGUUUUUGGCAAUAGUACUGUAAUCAUCCUUUUAUCAAAUUAAAACUUAAAAAUUUUUAUGACAUGUAAAAUUGUAAAUUAAAUUAUGGAAAUAUUUUGAUGUUGUUAUUGUGAUGUAUAAUAUCACUUUAAAAAAAUUUUAAACAGAAAUACACGGCCUAAGUCAAAUUAUAUCUAACUCUGAAAUUUUAUACAAAAAUUUAAGCUAUUAUUAAGUGUAUGUUUUUCGCUAAUAUUAAAUAAUUUUUACUUUUCUUGCGUUCGAAAUGAUGUCAUUCAUAAAAUCCAGGGAUUCCGUGGAUAAUUCAACACCUUAUAUACAACUGUUUUUUUAGUUAGGUUAGAGUUAAUAUUUUGAAAUAAAACACAUACUGUAAUUUAUUAUCUACAGUUUCAGUGUACUACCAAUCUGAUAUUAUAUUGAGAGAUUUAAUUUUGUUCUUUGAACACAUUGAGUUACGAGAAAAAUAAUAUAUCUAUAAAUAUUUUACUUAAAUU